AUGGUAUUUACAUGGCGAAAAAUAUCCAAUUUACAUGGCGAAAAAUAUCUAAUACUAGAGAUUGGUCAAUGUUCAAACCCAAUAUCAGCUCAACAUGUGGUUCAAAGUUCAAAUCCUGAAACGGGUCAACACAUUGAUAACGAUUUUGGUGAUUAUUGUGGAUACGAGGUGAUUGUCAUCGAAAGCAUGCACCAACCUGAGGCUUCUUAUUAUCAACAAACACCACACCACCCAAAUCUUGAAGCCCAAAAUUUUUAUAAAAUUUUAAAACAAGUGAGUGAGCCUUUAUGGGACGGGUGUACAAAAACUUCCAAACUCGCCGCCACCACUAGAUUAUUGGACUGGAAAUCACAAUCUAAUAUUUCAGACACGUCAUUUAAUAAACUACUUUUGAUUGUUAAAGACAUUCUACCAUCUGGCGAGAAGCUUCCUAAUAGGUUCUACGAGACCAAGAAAAUGUUGCAGCCACUAAAAUUACCUUCAGAACCGAUUCAUGUGUGUAUAAACCAUUGCAUGCUAUUCAGGGGCUAG